AUGUUACAACAAUUAAAAUCAGAUUUACCACAAGUACACGAACAUGAAGGAAUAGUUUUCAAGCUCAUACCACCUUGUUCACCUCACUUUGGCGGAUUAUGGGAGGCUGGUGUCCGCUUUGCAAAGCAGCAUCUUAGAAAGAUAAUCGGAAAUGCAAAGUUGACAUAUGAGGAGUUUUCAAAGGUCUUAACUCAGAUUGAGGCUUGCCUAAACUCUAGAUCUCUUUGUGAAAUUAACAGAUAUCCAGAGGAUUCUAGGGCCCUAACACCUGGGCAUUUCCUGACUGGUGAUGUAAUUAUAACACCACAUGAACCUUCUUUGCUAGAUUUAAAUGAAUGCAGAUUAAACAGAUGGCAGCUAUUUCAAAAAGUACAUCAAACCUUUUGGACACGUUGGAGUAAAGAAUAA